AUGCCUCGCGCAUCACUUCCCGAAUCGCCAUUGACAACACUGCCUCAAGCAACAGCAGCAAGCAACAAACGCCGUCUUGCCCGGGCCCCGCACCUCCUGUACCCGAGCACAACCAACAGCAUCAGCAGUAUCAGCAGCCUCGACGACGUCCUCCCUGAACCUAAACGGGGCUUGCUCGACUUCCGUGCCUCUACUUCUGCUCCAUCUGGAGAGCCCCCUCUCUUGAAGGAGAAACGCAAGCGAUCCGGCAAUUUGAGGAAGGCACUCGAUGAGCGAAGUCCGAACAACGUCGAUUCGUUUCGACGCACGCAUGUGGAAGUCGCUCUCCGCGAUACGCCUGAUGCGGUGUUUACGGUCACCACUCGUCCUGGCACAAAGUCUUCUAACACGGGAAAGAAUCCCAAGUCAAAUAAUCCCUUCUCUGGAGAUCCUUCCAUGCCGGUAGUGAACCGAAGCACCACAACUGUCCGACUAGUCCAACCUACUGCAGGUGGAACCCGGAAAGCGAGAGAUGAGCACCCAUCCAUCGCCCGCCCCUCCCGUCCAGCCACCAGGGUAUUUUCCCCCUCCCCACCUCCGGCUGUGAACUUCGCGCUCUUGACGGAGCACGCGACAAAGCAAGCGCUCGGCUUUCCUUAUAUCCAACCUGAACCCGAGGCGGAGGAGGAUAUCACCAUUGCGUCUUCGUUUGUUGGUGUCCGACCAGGCAGGGGUAGUGGAGGGAGGGCGCGAACCAUGGCCAGCGAGAUGCGCCUCACCUCGUUCACCGAUGUUCCCCUACAAGACGACGACAUCGUGGUUGAGAAUGUGCGACUGUCUGUGCGCCCAAUUCCUCCUACUCUUGGCACUUUCCCCAGUGUCACAGACGAUUUGAAGCGCAGUAAAGGAAAGAAGUCUCGUCACUUGCGCAAACCCCCACCUCCCAUAUCGCAGGAUGUCUCACCCCAGCCUAGCCCUCCGCGUCCGUUCUUACUGCCUGCGAGAAGACCUCCGACACCCCAUCCUAUGAACCUAUCCGCCAUGGCGGCCGAAGCGGCGACUAUCCAGGCAGAACCCCUUCCAGACGAGGCUCAGGCUCAGGCACAGGGCGGCGUCCUCGCUGCCCUGUCCGCAUACCUCUUCCCCGGGAAGUUUGUCCUCCCCCCUCCUGUAACAGCAUCGAACCCCUCUCUCCGUCAGUCCCAGCCCGCAGCCCAAACCCAGACGCACGCUCGCACGGCCUCCACUCUCAGCUCCACGGCAGCAACGGAAGCGAUCCUCGCCCACGGACGUUCUACCUACUGCUCUUGGCCAGCAGCCGCUUUCUUCUCCGCCUUAGUUUGCUGGGCGUGGGAAGUGUUGUUCCGCCCACGUGCACGCGGGCUGCAGAAACGCCGCCACCCGUUCCAUCCGAGCGCUCAAGAGACCAAACAGGGCAGCGGGCAACCUGUUCCGCCUAGGGCGCGCUGGCCUGAGGGUGCGACGCUCGUUACAGAAAUCGAACUCUCUCGAGGCGAAGCCGCUCGCGUCGCUGCUGAACAAGGCAAGCAGCGUGAUCGGGACUUGGAACGUGGUCUUGGCUCUGCUGCCUCAACCCCCGGGAGCGAUAUCUCGGAAGUGAAGCGCCGUCUCCCCCCUGAUCCAGAACAGGGCUUGCCAGAUGGGUUGCCAGAGCUGGCGUAUAGCGCUGAGGAAACGAAUUGGAGAGCGCAUCAGUCUACCGACCAGGAGGGAACAACCACUAUUUGGAGCACGAUUACCGGUGUUUGGAAGUCUGUUGGUGGGUGGGGGUGGGGAUGGGGACGAGGGAAACAAGGGGAGGAGAUGAGGGCUGAGAGGGUUUGA